AUGAGUGAAUCUCUCGAUAUUGAGAAUGCAAAGGCAAAAAUAGGUUUAGUGUUUUCCUACUGGAAAAAGGUAGCUAAUAAUGAUUUUACGAAAACUAAUGUAUUUUGUGUGUUAUCUGGAAAAUCUAGUAAAGAUGAAAAUGCUACUAUUCAAGAACAAUUUCAGAUGUGGCUAACUGGUUAUCAAUUAACUGAGACAUUUUUUGUAUUUAUAAAAAAUAGUGAACGUAUUUUAAUUUUAACAAGUGAUAAAAAGAAAAGAUUUUUACAACCAUUGUUAGAUAAUAUUAAGAAUGUGGAUGUAUUAGAAAGAAGUAAUGAUAAUAGUUCUAAUUUUGAGAAUAUAAAAUGUAUCAUUGAAUCUGCUGAUUGUAAUGAUAUUGCUUUAUUGAAAGAUAAAGAUGCAACUGGUUCGUUUUUUGAAAGUUGUUAUGAUUUUAUUAAAACGUUAAAUAAAAGAGAAAUGGAUAUAAAUAAUUAUAUUAAAGAAUUAUUAAAUUUUCGUUCAGAUACAGAUAUGAAGAUUCAAAAGAAUGGUAGUGAUAUUGCUUGUAUUAUUCUUAAAAGUAUUUUGAUUACUACUAUUGAAAAUGCUUUAGAUAAUGAAGAAUUUGAAAGUCAUGAUAAAAUAAAAGAAAAGGCAUUAAAAUUUUUGGAUAAUAAAAAAUGUGUAAUGAAAUUAAAAGAUAAAUUAAAAGUAGAUAUUGAAGAAAUAGAUGUUAUAUAUAGUAAUGUACAAAGUGGUAAUAAUUUUACUUUAACUUAUAAAAAUAGUAAUGAUAAGAAUUAUUUAUCACAAAAUGAAGGAACUAUACUUGUUGGUGUAGGAUUAAAAUAUAAAGAAUUAUGUUGUAAUAUAACAAGGACUUUAUUAUUAAAUGCAAGAACACAACAUAAAGAAUUAUAUAAUUUUACUAUAAAUAUUGAGAAAUAUAUUAUAAAAGAAUGUUUAAAAGUAGGUAUGAAUUUUUCAACUGUUUAUAAAAAAACAUUAGAAUAUGUAAAAGAACAUAAAAAGGAAUACAAAAGUUUAAAUAAUAUUCAAAUAGAAAAUUAUUUUGUUAAAUGUAUUGGUCAUAUCAUAGGUAUUGAAUUUAUUGAUAAAGAAUUCUUAAUAAUUGAAAAUAAUCAUCAAGGCAAAAUACAAAAAAAUACUUCAUACAAUUUAUCUGUCGGAUUUGAAAAUGUUCAAGGUAUAGAGAAAAAUAAAUUUGCUAUUUGGAUUAGUGAUACCAUAUGUAUUGAUGAUAAUGAAGAUGUAAUUAUAUUAACAGAUGCAAUUAGUAAAGAAAUUAAUACGAUAUCGUAUGAAUUGGAAGAUAGCAAGAGUGAUGAUGACGACGAUGAAAAAGAUGAUGACCAUGAUAUGGAUGAAAAUGAUGAUGAUGAUGAUGAUAAUAAUAAUAAAAAAAAGAAAAACAAAAAAAAUGUAAAAAAUGAAAAAGGUGUAAGUGUCAAAAAAGAAAAAAAAAAUAAACAUUAUAACGAUGAUGAUAAUGAUGAUGGAGAUGAUAAUGGAGAUGAUGAUGAAGAUGAUGAUGAUGAUGAUGACGAUGAUAGUAGUAAUAAUAAUGGUAGCAAAAAAGAUAAGAAAAAAAUAGGUAUAUCUGCAAGUAUAUUAAAUAAUGCUGCUAGUGUGAUUGUUUCUGAUCGUUUAAGAAGAAGAAAUAAGAAUUCAUUAGCUCAUAAUAAUGAACAAGAAAUGGAAGAAUUAAAUAAAAGACAACAUGAAUUAAAAGAGAAAAAAAUUAAUGAUAUUAAAUUAAGAUUUUCAAAAGGAACAAAUGAUUAUAAAGAUUUAAAUAAAAAAAAUAUUAAAAAAUUAGAAGAUUUAAAAACAUAUAAUGAUCCAGAUUUAUUACCUAAAGAUUUAAGACCAAAUAUAAUAUGUGUAGAUAAUAAACAUGAAUGUAUAUUAUUACCUAUAAAUGGAAUACAUAUACCCUUCCAUGUAUCUACUAUAAAAAAUUUAAGUUCAAAUUAUGAAGAUAAUAAUGAUAUUUUUGUUUUACGUAUCAACUUUUUAGUACCAGGUAAUCAAGGAGUAGUUAAAGGAGAAUUAAAUACAUUUCCAACAUUACAACAAAAUCAAAUGUAUAUUAGAGAACUUAUAUUUAAAUCACCUAAUGAAAAACAUUUUCAAAUGGUAGUAAAACAAGUAAAAGAAUUGAUUAAGCAAGUAAAACAAAAAGAGGUCGAAGCAGAUGUAAAUGAAUCCAAAACAUCACAAGAUAGAUUAGUAUUAAAUAAAAGUGGUAGAAGAAUCGUUUUAAGAGAUUUAAUGACAAGACCAAAUAUAUUUACUGGAAGAAAAAUAUUAGGAACCUUAGAGUUACAUAUGAAUGGUUUAAGAUAUGCAGCAAAUUCUAGAGGUACAACAGAAUUUAUAGAUAUAUUAUUUGACGAUAUAAAACAUGCAUUUUAUCAACCAUGUGAUGGACAGCUUAUUAUUUUAAUACAUUUCCAUUUAAAAAGAUAUAUAAUGGUUGGAAAAAAAAAAACACUAGAUGUACAAUUCUAUUGUGAAGCAGGAACACAAAUUGAUGAUUUAGAUCGAGCUAAAGCAAGAAAUGUUUAUGAUCCUGAUGAAAUGCAUGAUGAAAUGAAAGAAAGAGAACAAAAAAAUAAAUUAAAUUUAAUUUUUAAAAAUUUUGUGCAACAAAUGCAAGAUUUGUCAAAAAUUGAAUUUGAAAUACCAUAUCCAGAAUUAACUUUUUCAGGUGUGCCUAAUAAAAGUAAUGUAGAAAUAUUUGUAACUGCAAAUACAAUAAAUCAUCUAGUAGAAUGGCCCCCUUUCAUCUUAUCUGUAGAAGAUAUAGAAAUUGCAUCUUUAGAAAGAGUACAUCAUGGAUUAAGAAAUUUUGAUAUGAUCUUUGUAUUUAAGGAUUAUACAAAACCUGUCAAAAGAAUAGAUGUUAUACCAACAGAAUAUAUAGAUACAAUUAAAAAAUGGCUAACUACUAUUGAUAUUGUAUAUUAUGAGGGAAAGAAUAAUUUGCAAUGGGGCAAUAUUUUGAAAACAAUAUUGUCGGACAUUGAUUCAUUUGUAAGCUCCAAAGGAUUCGAUGGAUUUUUGGGAGAAGACGACGACGAAGAGGAGGAGACUGCGGAUGAUGAGGAUGAGGAUGACGAGUAUGAGGUGGACGAAUCGGAGCUGAGCGCUGAGGAAGAUAGCGAAUACGAUGAUAGUGAAGACGAAAGCUUGGCAACCGAAAGUGACGGAGAUGAAGAAGUUGAAGAGGAUUCAGAAGAUGAGGGAUUAUCAUGGGAUGAACUUGAGGAGAGAGCUAAAAAAGAUGAUAAAAAAAGAUUCGCUUACAAAAGUGAUGAAGAUGAUGAAGGAUAUAAUAAAAGGAAAAAGAAAAAGAAAAAUUAA